AUGAGAAUCUUGUCCUCUGUGGAUAGCCUGUUGAGGAAAUUGACAGUCCUCGGUCUGGUCUUCUGUGCCUCGACCACCGCCAUCAACUUGCAAAACUUCCUACCUGACCCGAACCCGAGGUAUCUCGUCCAAAGUCGUCCUGAACCAGCGGAGAGCACCGCAUACACACCUAUCAUCAACUACCAGCCCUCAGGCUCUGCAACCGACCCUCUUGCGCCGAGUGUAGGCCUAGAAACGCAGGAGACACCCAUCCCGACUACCACAACCACACCGGGCUACACAUCCCCCGCAUCCAAACGGUCCCCACAGACAGCAACUUCAGUAGAACGGAACGAGUGA